AGCAAGCUACUAUACUCCUCAACGUGUGGGCCACCAUAAACCCUCAACCUUAAUUCCGCAAACCCGCCAGCAGCUAGCCAAGCAAUGGGUGACCCCCGAGCCGAAGCAGCUCUACUAAAGCACUACCGACUCCAAAACCCCUUUCCCGAAACCUGGUCCGACCCGAUCGAAGAGGCUCAAAUCAUCCAGCGGCAGCAAUCCCGCGCAUCGACCUCCCGCUACUCCAUACUUCAAGAGGAGGGGGUAUCUGCGUCUCUGAGGGGCCUCGUAGGCGGCGAUGUGUAUUCUACCGGGGUGAUACCCGAAGACGAACCGGACCCGCUGGGAACGACGGGCUCGGUCGUGCGCGUGCUUGGGAAGAAGGGGUUGCCGGUGAGGGAUAAUGUGCGAUUACGUAAUCGCUAUCUCGUAUCUUCAAAGACGUUCUCGCCGACUGCUUUCCUGCGCGACGUUCAUGCUAAUACCCCAUCUCCGGCUUUGCAGCAAGGUCUCAAUUAUCUGAGCACUUCCAUUGCACAGAAGUCAGGUUCUCUGAAGCUUUUAGUCGAGUCGAAUUUUGAUCGCUUCGUUGCCGCGAAGGGCACUAUUGAGGGUGUUUACAAGGAGAUGAAGGGGGACUCAUUCCUGGAUAAGGACAGGGAGAGUGAAUGGGGUGUUGGGAAGAUCAGGGGUUAUCUGAACGAUGCUGGGGCGAAGGCAGAUGAGGUAUUCGGUCCGGCAAUGAGAGGCCGGGGGAGAGAGGAGGGGUUGAGGUUGGCUCUGGCUGUGCUGGAGAAGCAUAGAGCUAUGCUUGAGAUGCCGGGUAAUUUGUCGGAAUGCAUUAAACGGAAGGAUUACGAAUCUUUGAUAGAGGAGUACCAAAAGGCUCGGAGCUUCCUCGAGGGGUCUAGGAAGCUCGUCCCCACUGGCAAUAUGGCGCCUGCUAAGGAAGACCAUAUCCAUCAAUUGGUCAUUGCGGAGAAUAUGUGGGCGGAGGUCACGAUCGUGAUUAAGGACUUCAAGCGAGACACGUGGAAGCGGCUGGCCGAAUGCCCCACCGAAGGCAAUUUACAUAUGGAGCUUAUCGGUAUUCUGUUAGAGUUGGGUGUUGAUGAUAACCCUGUUUGGCUUUGGCUUCUUAGCCGCUAUGACUAUCUCAAGAACAGAAUUACGACUCUUUUCGAGAGGUCAAGGGUGGAGAUAGAAGUUCUUCGUCGCAAGAUUGUGGAAGCUCCACCGCCGACGCCAAAGUCUGUCGCGCACCACCUCCGGUCGCCUUCCCGCCGGGCUCAUGUUGAUUCUUCAAAAUCCCUGGACACCCACCUAAUAACAUCCUUCUGGGAGCUAGUAUACUCUUCCCUAUCGGCCCUCCUGUCACCUUUAUCCGGGCUUGUAGGAGAACUUUUAUCAUUUCAAAAGACUGCGCAAUCCUUCAUCGACGGUGACAACCUUCUUCCCGUCGGCAUCGAUGACCAAUCCCGCAAGCACCAUCGCCUUGAGCCCGACGAUGCCAGAAAACUUCAGGAAGGUAUCUACGAAUUAGCCUUAAUGAUUAGAGAUUGCCUUGUUAAAUUUUACACGGAACCACCCGUAGAGGACAUCAGCGCCAUGUAUUCCCCAAUUCCAGAAACUCCCUUGUCCGCAAACACCCCCGGGCAGGAUCCUAACUUCCCACCGCCAGGUCCUGCUGUGCCGGGGGCGCAGGCUCAAAAGGACGAGGAUGAGGCUUACGCUUUUGUGCCCCCGGGGACAAACAGUUUGAGUGGAGCGCACUAUAUGAGCAAGAUACUAGUGCUCACGGGAAAUGCAUCUGUGGCGAUAUGCGAGAUGGUUAGCCGUUUGGGACGAGCUGACUUUGCCGAGCGAUUCCGAGCGAUGGUUUCCGGGAGUCGGGAACGGGCAGUCGUGGCGGUGUGUGCGGCUUGGUUAAAAGACGCUGGGAAUUGCAAGUUCUUGGAAGAUUGGACAAGAGCAGGUGAUAAUAGGGAUGUUACAAGAAUGCCUGGACUUUUUGGGGCAUUCGAGAGGGAGGUCAUCAGCGGUAUGCAAGCUAUCGUAUACUUGGAUAAGGUUGUGAGGAGCGAUAGUAGUGUUAUCCCUCCGCCGUCUGCCAAGCUUCUCUCACACGUUCGUGAGCAAUUUGUGAGAUCGCUUUAUAAGUCGCUUCAGGGCAUGGUUGAGAAUGCCAAAACGCCUCUUGACUUGGAUGCCCGGGACGGGGAUCAGACAGAUCUUGCGAGCCCCGUCACCAGUGUUGCGCCGAGGAAUUUAACGGCGUAUUCCGUUGACUCGAAGGAUAAAAAUGUCCGGAUCCUGUUGACAUUGAGCAAUCUCCAAUUACUCAGGAACGACGUAGUGCCUGAAUUAAUAGGCGUUUUUGAAAACGCGUUUUCGGUCAAGUUGACUGAUGAGAGCAAGACAAUCCGAGAUGCCCAAUCCCAAAUCGACGCCCAGCUCUUCGAAGAAUACACCAAACCCCUCGUGUCCUCCCUCUCAGACACCAUCCGCCUCGGUGUCCUCUCCCCCUCCUGGCCCCCCCCGCCGGGGAAACUCGCGACCUCUGUGCGCCCAUACAUUUACACAGCCCUGCUAUCCCUAGUCCUCGUCCACUCGCAGAUCACCACCACAGCGCCGUCACUCACACACCCCAUCCUCUCGUACCUCCUUGAGGCCAUAUCCGGAGAACUCCUGGAAGCCUUCAAGCAGCGCCACAGGUUCUCACUCGGCGAACUCCUCCAGGCCGCGCUGGACGUGGAGUUUGUCAAUCAGACACUGAGUCAAUACAAUACGCCGCGCGCGUCGGAGCUCCAGCAGGGGGUUUAUGUCGAGUUGGACCGUGGAAGUGAUGCGGAGGCUAGGUUGGGGCUGAGGGAGGGAUUGGGCGGGAUGAAGAAGAUUUUGGGAGAGUUGAGGGGGGGGUCGAGGGCCGAGUUUCUGUGUUUUAGAGCGAAGAAGAGCUCGUCGAAGAAGACACCGGCGGCAGUGGCUGGGGCGGCGACUGCUGAGGGGUAG